GCGCAAUAUCGCGAGACUUCUCGGGAACGCUUGCGAAACAAUCAGUUCGGGGUUUGUGAACAAUUCCUCCUUAGAUCUAAAGGCACAAACUAGAUGAUUCGCGCCAAUAUCUCAAGCAGCUGAUGUUAUUACUCCAACCUCACGAAAGUGAUAAACUGACACGUUUUCAUUUUCGCCAAAAACAAAUGUAUAUCGAAGACGCCUUUGAGUUCAUGGGUUGCACAUGCGCAGUUCGGUGCGAGACAACCGUUAGACCCGAACUCAUUUCUACGCAUGAGUUUAGCUAGCCAACGUCGCCAUGAAAUCGUCGUCAAAUGUGAUCAGGAAUUUUUAUUUGAGAAUCCGUUUUUGCCCACUUUACUAGCUGCCUAUCUUGGUACUGCUCGUAAAGCGGGCAUGUGCAUUUAUUCUUCCAGCCCUACAGGUGGCAAUGUGCGACGGAGGUCUACAAUCUCAGCUAUGUAAUGAAAUCCGGCUUCGCAUUUUCCAGGUUUCCACUGAAGGGAAUUCUUUAUUGAAGUAAACACAUAAGGCAAUUGAUAAGUUGUGAAGGCACCGGGAAAGGAAACAGCCAGCCCGAAAGAAAUUAGCUUUUACAUUAGGGAUUUCCUCAGUUAAUUUGCGUAAACGCUUCAUUGUAGCUAAAGUGGUUGAGUUGUUCGGCGUGUUCGCAACGCCAGGUGUUAGACCAGAAUAAGUGUUGGUGGGUGGAAAAUGCCAUCUUUUUUAUGGAGGCUUUGGCCUGGCCUGGUGCUGAUCCUCCUCCCGUCUACGCUGGCGGCUGACAAAGAGUCUUCGUUACUACAGGACUGGCACGACGUGUGGUUGUUCCGCUUCUUCCUCAACGUGCUGGGCUACGCCACCAUCAUCAUACCUGGCUACUUUCUCAUCGGCUACUUCAAGAGGAUCAACUACCUCGAAACAGGUCGUGGCAUUUGCUAUCCUGUCAUAAAGGCCUGUGUGUUUGGUAGUGAAUCGAAGACUGGUCUCCUGGACGACGUGUCCAUAGCUCCGAGAAAUGACGCUGACUCGGGCUCGUCGGCCAGACAAGCCUUCAAGUUAGUCUUCUGCGCUGCGGGACUUCAGACAUCCUACCUGACAUGGGGUGUCCUACAGGAGAGGGUGAUGACACGCUCGUACGGGGCCUCCACCCCCGAGGAGGAGGGUGAGCGCUUCAAGGACUCCCAGUUCCUGGUGUUCAUGAACCGCAUCCUGGCGCUGACUGUGUCUGGCCUGUGGUGUCUCCUAUUCAAGCAACCUCGCCACGGUGCGCCCAUGUAUAAAUACUCGUUCGCCUCGCUCUCCAACGUCCUCAGCAGCUGGUGCCAGUACGAGGCCCUCAAGUACAUCAGCUUCCCCACCCAGGUGCUGGCUAAGGCCUCUAAAGUGAUCCCCGUCAUGCUAAUGGGUAAGAUUGUGUCGCACAAGAGCUACGAGUACUGGGAGUACCUGACGGCGGCUCUGAUCUCUCUGGGCGUCAGCAUGUUCUUGUUGACGAGCACGACCGGUAAGCACCCGUCUACGGUAACAACGUUCAGCGGCGUGGUCAUCUUGGUCGGCUACAUUGUCUUCGACAGCUUCACAUCCAACUGGCAGGACAACCUGUUCAAGUGCAAGAUGUCGUCGGUACAGAUGAUGUUCGGCGUCAACCUCUUCUCCUGCCUCUUCACCGUGGGCUCUCUGCUGGAGCAGGGCGCCUUCUUCGACUCGCUGGCCUUCAUGACGCGACAUUCGGAGUUUGCAUUCCAUGCCGUGCUGUUGUCGGUGUGCUCAGCAUGCGGCCAGCUCUUCAUCUUCUACACCAUCGCACAGUUCGGCGCCGCCAUCUUCACCAUCAUCAUGACCCUUCGGCAGGCCAUCGCCAUCCUGCUCUCCUGUUUCCUGUAUGGCCACGCCGUCACAAUGGUGGGGGGCUUCGGCAUGGCCGUGGUCUUCCUCGCCCUCUUCCUGCGCGUCUAUGCCCGCAUCCGCAUGAAGGCAGGACGCAGGGCGCCGCAGCCACAGGUGCAGAAGGUCUAGGAGGAGGAGUCUGAGGAGGGAACUGGAAAAACAAAAACUAAAGCCACGUUUUCGUUGGUUUUUUUUUCUGUCUCUGUGUGUCCCUUUUGACUUUUUGUGUUCAUUUAAUGGGUUUCUACUUUGCAUAGGAAAGGUACAGAAAGGGAUUCUAAUGCCUUUUUAAAGGUGUUUGACUUGACACGCACCGAGCCGUCGUCACACAGGUCAAUUAGUCUCAAAAACCCAACCCUAGGCAACACAGUGACUAGGUUCUGAUUUCAAUGAUGGACUCUUGUCAUAGAGGAACCAUGUCACUGCCUAAGUCACUACUUUAUCUGCUUGAAUAAAAUGCAAAAUUAUCACACAGGUUAUUUUUAAUGAGUGAAUUAUGCAAGUGGAUAGUUAGCAUCAACUACCUUAACUAAAACCACUGCAAAGUUAUUGCCUGCAAAAUCACGAUGUUCUGUCAUAUCUGCCUCUUAGUCACUGUGUUGCCUAGGGUCAGGUUUCAAGGGUACAGGUCAAUGGGAGUGAUUCGGCUGGACCAGUCAGCAGUCAUGCCCGUUUAAGUGUCUAUGACCCCAAAAUUACACAGCAAUCGUCGCUUGUACGUUUUUUCUGUCAAACCCAGUUCAAACGCAUGCAACAUCGGCAUGUCAAAUGUAAACAACUAAUAAAAUGGCUAUUGAUUUCAGCCUUUGCGAUAUGCUUCUGGAGCUGCAGUCAAAGAACAAAAAUCUGAUGUUUGUAGUUUUGGGGUAAUCACUAGUACAUGAGCUGUAUACUGCAAGCCUUCAGCUAUGAGUAAUGUAAUAUUGUGAAUGGCACUAUAUUAAGCUUAUAAGGCCUCUAUGAAAAGAGGACAUGAGAUACUAUGGUGAGCAGGCCCCAAGUAAGGUCCCGUUUUGGAUCAUCUCUGUGUAGAUACUGCAUCAAUUUAGUUUAAAACUAAUAAUUGCAUUGUUGUACAUUUUGGGCAUGAGAGAAAUGUUUGUAAUCAUUACCAGUUCAUGAUCAGGUAAUGCUGCUUGAGAAUAUUUUAUUUGUUUCAUAUAAAGAAGCAGGUAUGGUAGAGGUCUCACUUUUGGCAUUAUUCUGACUUGAGAUCUAUGUUCUUAACUAAAGAAGUCUACCAUUGAGAUCAAGGAAGGAUUUACACGAACGUCCAGGUUGUGUCAGACGGAUCUCAAGUCAAAUUACCGCCCUUUCAGAUCAUAAGAAUAGCAUAGUUCAUACAUCUUUAGUUGACUGAUGUGUUGUUCCUCAUGGCUUACCAUAGUGUAUGAUGAGGAAAGUUACUGAGUGACCCCACAGAAAAUGUUUUACUAUUUUCCUAACAUCACAAGAAUAAAUGCACAGCUUACCAGCAGACCAUCAAAAAGAGCUUUGCAGAGUUACUAUGUUCUAUUUUAUAUGGAGUGAGAGGGGAAAGAGAGAUUUCAAA